AUGAAAUUUAAAAGGUUCCUUCUGAGAUAUUAUCCGCCGGGUAUUACGCUGGAAUAUGUAAAAAGUGGUAAUUUAAGGACCAAAUCGAUCGACCUGUUGGAUUUAUCCCCAGAGACAAACCCAGAUCAGUUGGUGGCAAAAAUCAGGCAGUUAGAGCCCCUCAUCACAGAGUCCAGGGCUGACCAGGUCAAACAGCUGAUCCUCAGACUGCAGCAGAAACAGGGCCAGCAGGAUCACCAAAGGUUCUUUCUUACAAAGGUGCUCCAGGCGCAUUUACUGCCUCUGACAAAUGUUGCCUUCAAUAAAUCGGGGUCGAGUUUCAUAACUGGAAGUUAUGACAGAACAUGCAGGAUAUGGGACACCGUGUCAGGCACUGAGCUGCACACACUAGAGGGCCAUAAGAACGUGGUAUAUGCCAUUGCAUUCAACAACCCCUAUGGGGACAAGAUUGCCACUGGUUCUUUUGAUAGGACCUGCAAACUAUGGAGUGCAGAGACUGGCAAAUGUUUUUAUACCUUUCGUGGACACAUGGCAGAAAUAAUGUGUGUGGCAUUUAACCCCCAGAGUACACUGAUAGCCACAGGCAGCAUGGACACUACUGCCAAGCUGUGGGAUGUGGAGACUGGGGUGGAUCUGGCCACUCUGACAGGUCACACUGCAGAGGUCAUCGCUUUGUCCUUUAACACACUGGGAAACCAGAUCGUCACUGGGUCCUUUGACCACACUGUCUCGCUGUGGGAUGUUGCUUCAGGGAGCCGUAUUCAUACUCUGAUAGGUCACCAAGGAGAGAUUGCCAAUGUUCAGAUGAACUGGGACUGCUCCCUCAUAAUCAGUGGCUCCUUGGACAACACAUGCAAGCUGUGGGAGGCAGCAAGUGGGAAGUGUGUGGCAACCUUAACUGGGCCCAAGGAAGAGGUGCUGGAUGUGUGUUUUAAUUUAACUGGUCAGCUCAUUGCUACUGCCUUUGCUGAUGGUACAGCCUGUGUGUAUAGUGCAGCCACACAUCAGUGUCUCGUGAUGCUGGAGGGCCACAAGGGAGAGAUCUCCAAGAUCUGCUUCAGCUCCCAGGGCAACAGAGUACUGACUGCGAGCUCAGAUAAGACAGCCCGUCUUUGGGACGUUAAGUCUGGAGUCUGCCUGCAAGUCCUGGAGGGGCACACGGAUGAGAUAUUCUCCUGUGCUUUUAACUACGAGAGCGACACCAUCAUUACAGGUAGCAAGGAUAACACAUGUCGGAUCUGGUGCUGA